GCUGAUGGAUGCCUCAGAGCUUCUCCUGUCCCUGCUCGUGCUGACGCCUGUAACAGAAUGGAGAUCAGUUUCAGAGACAUCCAGGACUGCAUGCACUGAUAUGACCAGGUUCUCCUACAAGCUCAUGGAAGGUGAAGCUUUUUAUUUUGUCCCAUCUAUUUUUGAUUACUCUGACCUUCCAAACGACAACGUAACGUGGUACAAAGUCCGCCCUGAGAUGGAGAUUAUUACCUCUGAUGAGAACCAAAAGGUCCAUUCCCACGGUGCAGCUCUUCUUCUCUUAAACGUCAGCGCCGAGGAUUCUGGGGAUUACAUGGCCAAGGAAUCAGUAGCAUCAGGCAAAUGUUUUAAUUAUCCCUUGAAAAUUGAUGUCUUCAACAAAACCAGUGGAGAAGAUGUGACGUUUGGACCUAUCAACAACUCUGAUCUGACAAAAAGGAUUCCUUGUCCAGACAACGUCAAUAAAACAUGUGUUACAUUUAAAGGAAGAUUCACCUGGUACAAG